AUGUUUCGCUACGAGGUUCAGUUUGCGUGCCUUCUCUUGGAGGACGCUUUUGGUCCGAUCGUCUCGGCGUGUGCGCGGCUGCUUCUGAUUCACGGAUCGCUGACCAUUGUGGAACUGCGCGACUUGUUUCUCGCCUCUCUCUCUUCCUCGGGCGCGUCGGUACAUCUGUCGUUCGCGGCGCGCAACGCAGCCUCGGCUGCGGGCGCCGGCCGGGCGAAUUCGAGUCAAGCGGGACAGGACGUUUACCCUCUCAUCCGCAACGCCCUCCUCGUGCUUCUCCAGCACAACCUCCUGGCUGUCACACCCAUAGACGGCCACCUCGGAGUCGCCCUCAGAGCCGCGCAGCCGUCGGGGUCUCCUGGGGACACGGGAGCAAAAAGCGGGAGACGAGGCAGUCUCCUUUCCGCCUCUGCGUCUGCCGUUCAGAAGCAGCCGGCCGCGAAGGCGACCCGCGACUCCGCCAGAGCCUCGAAAGCGGACGCCGAGCAGAGGGGCGAGCCAGGUUCCGAGUCGCCCUGUCUCUUCGCGCCCGACGAGGGCCUGGAGCCCAUGGCGCCGGAGUCGGAGACUCCAGACCCCGCGGGUGCCGGCGCGGAGACAGGCCUUGGCGCGCAGACUGGGCAUCUCCAUGAGCUCGGCGACCUUCGGAACGGGGACCAGGGCGCAGGGAGACCGGGGGAGGCCUCCGUCGCGCAGCCAGCCCAGCAGCCGCAUGGGACGAUUCGCUACUCUCUCCUUCUCGACGAAGUCCUCGUGCGACUUCGCUACACCCGUUUUGCCGUCCACGUCCAGCAAACCUGGGGAUUCGCCUGCAGAGUCAUUCUCCUCCAGGUGAUGCGUGCGGGGAGGCAGUGCAUGCAGGAGGCCGUCCGCAGCGCGUUGGAAGAUCCCUACACCCACUUCGACAUUUCUGCGGCCUCUGGCGGGGCUGGCGCGUCUGGGGACCAGGAAGGCGGCGGGGACGCCCGAGGGAAGGGCGAGGCAGUCAGCGUCUCCUCGGGUGGCUGCGAAGGCGGCGCACCUCGCCCUUUGACAGACACCGCGCUGCGCCGCGCUUUCCUGCAGCUGAUUUCCUCCUCGAUUCUCAUUCAGGCCGAGCCGCCGUUGCCCCUGUCGCCCGGUGACGAGGAGGCGGCGAGUGCCAAGGGCGCGGGGCGGAAGCGCGGCAGGGCGGCGACGAGCGGCCGCGCGAGCAAGCAGCAAAAGACCAGUCAGGAUGGCCGGGCGCCGGCUGGCUUCGGAAGUGCAAACGAUGGAGAGGACGGCAUGGGCAGCGAACAAGUGAAUGCUCUGGGCGUUCCCGCCUACCUUCUCAACCUUCUUGGUGCCCAAGGUCAGCCCGCGUCCGGGUCCCGCUCGCACGGUGCGGCCUCUCUUGAGCUGGGUGCUACCGCGUUGGGCGACAGCGAUCUGUCUCCGUUUGCCGCCCUCGCGGACGCUCCAGGGUCCAAUGGCAGCUCUGCACUUCACGAGCAGCAGCGCGUGUACACGAAACAGCAGAAGCAAGUGGAGAGGCAACUGAUAGAGCGACUGGAAGAACAAAGGGUUCCCUUCCGCGUCAACACCCAGCUCCUCACUCUCGAACUGUGCAAACAGGUCGCCGAGAGCUUCAUUCUGGCGCGCGUCGGAGACAACCGACUCGCGCGCGCGACGGUCCGGGCUCUGCUCGACGGCGGUGUGGAGCUUCUUCACGGCCAUCAGGGCUCCGGGAGGAGAUACCAGACGCAGACGCUCCAGGCUGAGCAAGAAGCAACUCAGCAAGGAAAAGCCCGCCUCAGCUUUCUCUGCAAGUGGAUCAAGUUCGACGCUGUCGAGCAGGCCGUUAAGGCCAACUUGGAGAAGGUCGGCGUGAAAAAAGAGGCGAUGCAAAAGGCACAGCUCAUUCGCCUUCUCGAGGCUCUCGCCAAGCACCCGGACCGUUUCCUUCAGGCGACGCUUCACGACGGCCAGUCGAUGUACAAGCUGAAUUGGGAGGAGCUGCGAGCGGUUCUUCGUCGCCGGCUUUUGUACGACGCGAUCGUGGCUCGGUGUGGCGAGAAGGCCGGGCGAGUGUGGAGCCUCAUGGCGUGCAAGCACUCCUUCAUGGUCGAGAGAUCUUCGCAAUUCUGGGACGAUCAAACGGUGGCGGACAUGGCUCUGUUGCCGCCUCAGGGGGCUCGGAAAAUCUUUUAUCUUCUGGCCAAAGAAGGUUUUGCUCGCUUCCAUGAAAGUGAUCGGCUAAGUGCGAGUGCAACACAGUUGAGCAACAAACAUGCCCUCGUCGUGACAACCAGCAACGACGCAGCAGUCUUACAGGUUCUCCAAAAUUUCUACCACACGGCUUUAAACCUGCUUGAACGGAAACGCGCAGAGGCUGCGCGGCUUCUUCAGUUGCAAACAAAAGCGCAAUCUCUCUCGCCCGAAGAGGUGCUACAGCUGAGGAAGCGCGAAGCGGCAGAAGAUCUUCUAGAAGCCCACUUAUUGGCAAUGUCGGAGCCUCUGAUGAUUCUUCGCGACCUCUGA